AUGUCGUCCUUCCAGUGCCUCACUUGUCGAGCUUCCUUCCGCCAUUCUUCGAAAUGUGCGAUGCCGUCCAUUCGAACCUUUAAUGUUUCAGCAUUGGGAAGAUCAAGUCAACAAAAUACCCCAGAGGAUGCUGAUGUAUCCAAACGCAUUUCCGAUGGACAAUAUCCUCCGAAAAGCAAGACAAUUGCUAUCGAUUCCCUUCUUUCUAAGCCGACGUGGUCUGUACGAUCACUACUUCCAGACUCAAACACGCCUACCUCCCAUGAAAUAACGGCGGAGAAACUUCAUCAUCUCCUACGCCUCAGCGCGCUUCCGCAGCCUAAAAGUCGAGAAGCUGAAGCCGACAUGCUCGACAUGUUACACUCGCAGCUACACUUCGUACGAGACGUUGAGAGAGUGAAUACUGAUGGGGUAGAGCCCUUACAAAGUAUUAGGGAUGAGACAACUCAAGCCGUGCAAGAAGCCACAAUUGGACUAGAACAGAUGGGCGAGGAACUUUCAAAGGAGCAGACACGAGGUCGAGGGAAAAGGCCGAGAAGAGCGAGAGAAAAUAUUGCCUUGGAAAAGGGUGUUGAAGAUUGGGAUGUGCUAGGUGCGGCCCCAGACAGUGUCGUUACGCCAGGUGGAACAUAUUUUGUUGUCAGAAGCGGAAGAGAGGAUAGUCAUUUGCACAAUAUUGCUGCGACUCAGGAAGUGCCGGAAAGAAGUCCGCAAAAUGGCGAAGCAAAUAGCAUAGACGUGCCUUAA